CUCUGAUACACUUCAAACUCUAAUUGUAUAUAGUUCAUUUCUCGCUCAAGAAAAUGGCUUCUUUUGCGUUUCUCGAAGAAAGCUUAAUUUGCAAAAUGAGAGCGGUGAUCCUAAUGGUCCUCAUCUCAACUGUCUCUGAGGGAGUGGUAUCGGCUCGAUGCCCAGAUUGUACGGGCGAGAUUAAAAGAAUUGAUGCUACAGGCAAAUGUCAUAGUUGUUUCCCUUGUCCAGAAUGCAUUGAGGGAUAUUCAACUUCAUCUGUCCCUUGUGGAUCGACUAUUCCUUAUGAGAGAGAUAUACAUUGUGUGGAAAUCCAACAACACCCUCAGAAAAGUUCACAAACAAACCAUUCGAUUUUUGUAUCUGGAACAGUUACCUCUGCUUCCCAGAUUUCUGCCACCACAGCAAAUUUGGUAAUUUCUGCCACUAGCUCCUUCGUUCGUGCUGGUUCCAGCAUCAUACAAAAUAGAGAAUCUAAGUCAACUAAAGACCCGAACACUGAGAACAUAUUGCCACCACUUGGCAGGUAUUCAAACAACACCAUCAUUUACAUAUUGUGUGGAGUAACUCUUGUGAUCUUAUCAGUGGCUAUUGUGUUUAAGUUGCAAAAGAAAAAUAAAGGUAGAAGUCAAUCAGAAGAAACUACAGUUGAUGCACCUCCAUCCUUGCCAGGCCCAUCAUUGUCAGGCCAAACAGAGCAAGGUGAUGAAGCUUGUCACAUUGAUUUAGGAACAAACCAUGUUGUUUAUCGAGGUGCCCAUUCAAGUGAGAUGGGAGACAAAUCCCUAAACACAGUAUCAGCUUUGACUCAUGGGACUGAAAAUAAUGGUUCAGUAGACAGAGUUGAGGUAGAAGUACAGCUUCCAGGUACUCCUUCUUGUAUUAAUGAAACACCAAGGGAUUUACACCAACCAACUGACAAGAACACAUUACGCCCAAACAUUGUACCUUGUCUGGUGCCUGCUUCCUUGGUUUUCCAGCAGCCUCAAAACCAGUUUCUUUCACAUGAAUUAUGGCCUCAAUCCCUUGUCAGGAAUGGCACGAUCAGUAUGGGUGUGCAAACAUUGGGAGCUGUCAACUGGUCAGUGUUAACACAAGAAGAAAAAUACAGUACCAAGAUUUUGCAUAUGUCAUUCCAGCUUUUGAAUCAUAUUUGUUUGUCACUUGACAUACUAAGAACGGAUGGCAAAGACAUUAGAAUGCUUGCAGAGAAGCUUGGACUUACAAUACUUGAUUUUGAGCGCUUCCAACAAGCAGUCACUACACAGAAGGUGGCUGGUUCUGUUACCUAUGUUCUCCUUCGAGAAAGAUUUUUUGCAGCAAAUCCUGAAGGAACUGUUGGGGAUUUUGUAGACAUAUUGAAGGAGAUGGGAAGGGAGGACAUAGUCAAUGAGAUAAAUGGUGGGUCUGAAUGUUAAAAGAUUCCAAUAACACAGAGGGUAAUCCAAUAACUCUUUGGUGUGUAUGUGCUUCUAGGAAGGUAUGUACGUAUGCCCUACCAGGAACAACUACCUCCUUGUUUAGUUGAUACCAAACAACACUCUGGUACAAAACACUAAGAUUAUUUUUUUUAGUUUACUUCAAACAUGUCACUUAACAAAUAGAAAUCUAGACAAAAAUUAAUUGUCUCAUGUGUAACCUGAGGUAGUCUUCAUUUAAAUAACUAGCCUACUAGUGUGUCUAUGAGAUCAACCUUAAUUUUACAGUCUAACUUAGAAAACCAUCAACAAUGGAAAUGUUCAGUGUUUUUUUCUUUUUUUUUUUUAAGAAGAAAGCAGCAAGAGUUUAUUGAUGAAGAAGAAAAUUUGUCCUACAAUUUGUUGUUACACUCACUGAAUAUUUUUUUAGUUGAUAUGUGAGAAAAAGUCUAGCAGAAUGGGUGAAUUAAAAAAAUUGUUAAUCGGUAAUGAUAAUUUAAAUAUGUCUGUGUUUUUCCCUUGACUGAAAAUUUUCCUUGAAAACUUUAAUUUAUCAGUAGUAAAGUACAAUUAAUUAAAAGCAGGGCUCCAAGCUCAAUUAUUUCUAAAUUGCUAUUGGGCAACCUAAGGUCAUAAAAUGGUUGUCAAAAAUAAUGUAUUACCUGUAGUCAGCAGAAGAAAGUGGAAAGAGACAUUUUAUACAAUAUGACCUAAUGUUAUUUUAUGUGAAACAGAAUGUCUAUCUCACUUUAAAACCAGAAACUCUUGGUAAUGAAAACAUUGCAGCUUAUUAGAUGACUGCAAACAAAAUUUUUUUCUCAGCAAAGUACUCCUAGCUUGGAGCACUGAAAAGUGAUUUUAAAUGUAAGGAAGAAAAAGUCAACUCAAAACAAAUGUAUGCAAUUACAUAACUCAACUUGAUGGAUCCAUUUUCAAAUCUUAUAGACUAUUAGUAAUAACAAUGAUCUAUUUAUUUUGUUUUUGUUUUUUUGUUAACACAGUUUUCCUUGUUUAAAUCCACAAAAAUUUGCAUUCUUUGCAUGGUUGAUGAAUAUGAUAUUAUUAUUCCAAAUGGAAACUGAUAGAUCAUAUGUGUUUUCAAGACUAUACCUAUCUCAUUUUCUUCUAAGAUAUUUGUUCAUUAAAAAGCUUUGCAGCUGAACUAGUGUUUAGAUUCAAUUUUUUAGGCAAAAAUGCAGUGCAUUUCUUUUACUGUGAUACUAUAUCUAUGAUUUAAAAAGCUGUACAUCAGUAUGUCCAGUUGUAAUAAUGCAUUACAGUCCUCUCAACUGGUUGACGGAUUUUUUGUAUGAUUUGCUAUUUAAGUGAUUUUCUAUUUAAAUUGUUAGAUUAAGUGCUCUAGUGAAAGGUACUUGAGCAACUGAACUAGUGUUUAGAUUCAAUUUUUUAACCUGAAAUGCAGUGCAUAACUUUUACUAUGAUUUCUUUUCUGCUUUAAGAAGCUAUGUAUCGGUGUUUUAUUGCAAUAGUGCAUUACAGUCCUCCCAAUUGGUUGACGGCUUUUUCGUUUUUAUUUUCUAUAAGUGAUUUUCUAGUUAAGUGAGUGAAAGGUACAUGUCUAAUUUUUUUGUGUGUGAAAAUAGGUAACAGAGAUUUUUCAUUAUUUAUGAUAGUUUUUGAACAGUUCUGGUUGGUCUAAUUUUUACUUUUGUAUUGGAAUUUUUUUUUGUACAUUGCAGUACUUGUAAGGGACUGUUCACUGUGUGUAGUUUCACUUGUACAGACUUUUGAAUAAAAUGCAAAUG